UAAUAUUUUAUAUUAUAGCUUUAUGCGCAUAUAGUGGAUCAGAAUUUUAUUCAAGUGCAUCAUCGUGAAUUUUACAUAUCCAACGCAUUAUUUUAAAUUGCUUAUAGCGUGAUGAAGUUUAGGAGAAAAUAAUUAUUAAAAAAAACAUGCGUUUAUUAUCGUUUAAAUAUUUUAUGCAUUUAUCAAUUUAUUAUUUUCCUAACGAAUGAUAGAUAUCUCACAUAAUUCGUAAUUCAGUAAUGGGUACAGAGUAUUCGGAUCUAGCCAACGCUAAUAAAGACUGUGUCAUGGAAGCACACGCACGGGCUCCAGACCCUUUGGUAGCAGAUGGUGAUAUGGCCAAUAAUUGGCAAAGUUGGAAAGACGAUUUUAUUAUUUUUAUGAAAAUAACCGGGUAUAAGGAUAAACCCAAUGAAAGCCGUGCAAAUUUCCUAAAAAAUCGGAUUGGAAAAGUUGGUAUCGAUGCGAUACAAAAUAUCUCGUUUGAUAAACCAGAAGAUAAAGAUGACAUGGAUAUAUUGAUCGCAAAGCUCGAAGAAUAUUUUAAUCCGCCAAAAAAGGAAGUGGUUGAACGAUAUCAAUUCUUUACAAUAUCGAAGAAGCAAAAUGAAACUUUCGAACAAUACGUGAAUAAGCUAAAGGAGAAAGCCAAAACCUGUAAUUUCAACGACAUGACAGAGAGCAUUAUACGAGACAAAAUCAUUCUUGAUACACAUGACAAGAUACUUCGAAAAAAAUUAUUUGACGCAAAAGAUUUGGACUUACAGAAAAUAAUAGCAAUGUACAAUGAUUAUAACAUCAAUAUCGAGAAGAUGAAACAGGUUACUAAAGAGAAUAGAACAGAGCAAGAAAAUUCCAUGCAAAAGUCACAACUAUUUUAUGGAAAAACCACAAUUGUUAAUAAUACAAAAAGACCACCAUGUUGGAGAUGUGCCCGUUAUCAUCCACAGGGGAAGUGUCCUGCUUGGGGAUCAAAGUGUACGAGCUGCGGUGACAUAAAUCAUUUCACGCAGUGCUGCAAGGGCAAACUUAAUCCUAAGUACAACGAUAAUAAAGUGAAUAAAAAUUUACUGGCUACAACAACGGCACAACAACCGAAACUUCCAAAGUGCAAUGAUAAUUGGAACAAUCAACCUGAUUCUAAACCUACAACUGUGAAGUUAAUGCCAACAAUGAGCCUCCCAGAUGUCCCGAAAGCAUUGAGUGAAGGUGUUAGUCCAUCUCUUGGUAAUGACGUCGCUUCUGAUUUUGUAAUUCUAAAUACAUAUUCUUCGUAUUCAAAUUUAAAGAAUAAUAGCGCUAUCAGCCAAUCAGCAUAUUUCUUCAACGCGCCAGCAUAUUCUAAGUAUUCAAACGCGGUAACCAACCCAAUCAACCCGACCAGCCAACAAGAAAGACUCAUCCCAAACAGCCAACAAGGAAAAACCAACCCGACUAGCCAACAAGAAAGAAUCAUCCCGAACAGCCAACAAGGAAAAACCAACCCGACUACCCAACAAGAAAGAACCAACCCGAGCAGCCAUCAAGGAAGAACCAACCCGAGCAGCCAACAAGGAAGAAUCAUCCCGAACAGCCAACAAGAAAGAAUCAUCCCGAACAGCCAACAAGGAAGAACCAGCCUGACCAGCCAACAAGGAAUAGCAGUUGGUUAUGGCAGUUCUUAUAGACAGCCAUAUAUACAUGCUUCUACGAAUACGAAUGCUUCUCGAAUGCCUAAUAGUACCUCACAAAAUACCUUGACGUGUAAAAAUGUAAACUCUUUCGGAAAGAAGAAAGAUGAAGAUAAAUGCGUAUUGUGCUAGAUGUAUCUUUUAUAUUUUAUACAUCUACAAAAUUGUAAUCAAGAUCGAAUUUUCUCUUUUGUUCCGUUUGCUUUGUCAGAUGUAAAUAAUAGAUUAAGACUUAUAUUUUAAUGGUGGUCAAUUUAGCUGUUAAUUCAAAGAAAGUUUAUAUAAGAUCUUUGUCGUUUACUACACAAAAAUAUACACAAUAUGCGUUUGUAUUUUCUUUUUUUUAAUGAUCAUUAAUAAUGAUGAAAGCACUUGUUCAUUGUACACUGCUUGAAUACAAAUAAAAUAUAUAUAUUUCCU